AUGUCUGAGACCUUUAUCAAAACCUACACGCACCUGAAAGAUCGCCCCAAGGCAGAUCGCGCUCUCCACAUGCUCCAGACAACCGCGUCUUUGGUGAAGCCCAUAAUGCGGAAGCAUGGCUGGGUGCUGCCAGUCCUGUCUGAAUUCUAUCCAGAUGACCCACAUCUUGUAGAUGUGAACGGAGGUCAGAAGAUUCUGCUCCGCCUUCGCCUGCCCCAUGAUGCCGGUUCUUUCUACGACGAGGAACAGGUCGUCCUAGUGAUGCUCCACGAGUUGACCCACAACGUCCACGGCCCUCACGAUGACAAAUUCUACAAGUUUCUUUCCGAACUGGAAGCCGAAUACGAGGCCUUGAAGCGCUCCGGGUACUCUGGAGAGGGCUUCUUUUCCAAGGGCCACCGAGUUGGAACAAAUGUUUCGCAUAACCUCCCGCCGCACCAGGCUCGAGCGAAAGCCCUUGAAGCUGCGGAGAAGCGCAGGAAGGUAAGUAAUUUGAUAGGCCAAGGCGGGCGCCUCGGGGGUGUUGCGAACGUACGGAAUCUAACUCCAAGAGAGCUCGCCGCCCAGGCCGCUGAACGUCGGGCACGAGACGCAAAGUCAUGCGCUUAUGGAGUAGAUGCCGACAGAGAAGCAGCUAAAGCCGUCGAGGAAAGUAUCGAAAGUAACGCAAUCGACCUCACUGGAGAUUCCGACGACGAAGUUGUGAUCCUCAAUGAUCCGACCAACUCCACAAAGGUGGCUGCAGCGCAGUCUGAUCGGACUGCGACAGCGACAGCUAUUCCAAAUGUCGAGGAGUCUGAUGAUGAAAUUGAAAUCAUUGGCGAGCCGAUAGCCGUCCCACAGAAGCACUCUCUGAAGUCAACUGACACCCGAAGAGUGACCCAGCCCCAGACGUCGAAGCUUCCUAACACAGUCCAGACACUUCUCCCUAGGUCGAAGCCACAACCCGUUCCUACGGAGUGGUCCUGCCCAACGUGCACCCUACUGAAUCCUAUGCGUGCUCUAACAUGCGACGCGUGUCUAACCCCUCGUCCCAUCAACAAAGCAUACGGCUGGAUGUGUCAUGCCUGUGGAGAGUACCCCAUGCCGCACGAGUUCUGGACGUGUCGCUCCUGCGGUACGAUGAAGGCUUCCAGUUGA